AUGUCAAGCGACGAUGGGGACGAGUUUGAGUUGUCAUCCUGCAAAAGGCGACGAAAUACGUGUCCCUCUGAUUUCAGCCUACGCGUGAAGUCAUCGGCAGGUCCGAUUGAAGUACAGCUUGAGUCAGAGAGGAACAUACCGUCUAACUCUGUACAGGUUUCAUGGGUCACAUCUUCGAGUUCAAAUGUCAAGCAAGAGCCAUGCUGCUCAAGUACAAAGUAUCCUAACAGCCAGCAGGAGCCAGUGAGUAGCAGCAGUGUUUGCGGUGACCAGAUUGAAGCAGAUAGUUCUGACUACAAGUAUGGAGGCUCCUUCUCAGAAUCUCGAUCUUCCAGGAAUGCUUGGGGCAAUGAGAGCUACGCCGACAUCAUCACAAAUGCAAUCAAGUCGAAACCGAGUAAAAAGGCGAAACUGGGUGACAUCUACCAGUUCUUCGUGGAGAAAUUACCCUACUUCAACAAACACAAGGAAAGUAAGGGCUGGAAAAACUCCGUACGUCACAAUCUUUCUUUGGGCAAACAGUUCAAACGCAAACAAAGCUCAGAUCCAAAAGAAAAGGGGUCAUUUUGGGUCGUAGAUGAAACUCCAGGUCAAGCUGGAACGCCGCCACGAUCAAAUUCAAUGUCAAGUGCCAGCACAAGAACAGUUGCGACUGCCAAGCGCAAGUCAUCGGUUGUUCAUCGCGAAGCUCCGUCAGUAUCCGGUGCUUCGGUAGAUACGAACCGCCCAGCAAGCAGGUGCAAAAGCGAAACAUCUGUCAACAUUUUUAACACAAAUUUGUGCGUAGCUCCUAACUCAAAACUUGGUCAAGUUCGAUGUUCAACAGAUAACAAUGGAUCCCUGUUUGAUCAGAAUUACUAUUUCACGCCAACUGAAUCCACGAAUGACCUUGCAAGUUUCUCAGUAAUGAAUCACAACCAUGAUCAAGAGUUUCUCGAUAGUCCUAGAGCCAGGGCGUUUACAAGUGACUCCAUUUCCCACAGAGCAAAUAAGAAUAGAAUAUGGUUAGACCCUCUUGUAUCGAGCCACAAUUUGCAGCAUUCUGCACCAGGUUACCAAAUCGCAAUCACACCCAUCAAGCACCAAAUCGAUCAUCAAAACAGUCAUCAGCGAAAUACGAUCCAUGUCUCCAACAGCGAAAAUAACUCGACCACGCAUAGCAUGCAAAACGAACAAAAAACGCAUGCUGAUGUCAUUUCCAAUUUCUGUAAUUUUCCUGAGCUCUCUUUGUCGAACCAAGUUAAUUUCCCAAUUAAUUCUAAAAAUUCAAAUUUAAUGUCACUUCCAUUGAACCAGGAAAAAUUUGGCACUCCAAUUUCGGUCAACAAUGAACAAAAUAUGAUCACAUCUGUGUCACCACAAGCUAAUUUUCAACUGAUCUCCACGAACAUGAGGCCAAAUGCACUUGAUUUGAAUUUCGCACAAACUCUUAAAGACAUGAGUGGACAAACUCCAAUUUUCACGCAAGAUUCUAACCAGAAUAUUUCUAUCCAAGGUAGAUCAUCUCAUAAACUCGAUCCCGAAAUUUUUUCACCGUUUUCAAACGGCUAUUCAGGGUUCGAUGUGCACCCGUCGCUGUCGCCCGACAUGAUAACGGAUUUCGAAACUAGCCGAAACAGUAUUCCAACCUCAAUCGGUUAUAAUGUUGCUCCAAAUCACCAAAUUUUUCCAAGCAACUCAUCUAAAAUAAACCGGACCGAAGACACAUGUGAUGUAAUUACAAGUUUGUCCAAUUUUGCUCUCGAUCCAUCUGAGCAAAUGAUGGAGUGGGCGUUGCUAUGCAACGGCGGUCGCCCCCGAGAAGGCUCUCUAGCUGAAGACAUUUCACAAAUAAGCCCCUCGAUUCAGGAACUAUUUUAUGACAACCCCCUCACUAUGGUACAACAUGGGCAUCAGAGUUCCUCGAUGAUUUCGGGUCAUCAGAACAUGUCUUCAGCUGCUCAGAUGUUGAUGCAGCAGCAGUCGUCUAAUAAUCACCUGUCUUCUUCGUCCACUGCCGAAUCUAUUCAGAGGUUCUCGAACAUGACCAUCCAGGAACCAACACAUGGCCACAACCACGACCCUACAAUACCCUACACAGCUGCAGGUCGAUCAACAAACGCGUCUCUCAAUUGCUCUCUGGACACGAUGGGUUCUCGGUAUCCGCCAGCUCCUCCGAGGAACUACAUGGACACCCAACAUCUCAUCUCUUCGUCUCACUCUUCAGUCUCCUCUGUGCCCGCUUUCUCUUUCGCAACUCACCCGGCCGCUGUUACCUCUCUCCAACACAUGAUGCAGAUGGCGACUCCUGCUGUUGCGCCUCACGUAAUCCCGACUACUUCAGUCGCAUUCGCAGCACACACCUGAACAAAAGUUCCUCAGUAGUAUCUGCAUCAUAUUGAAAUAAAUCAAGUUAAACUAUUUACUAGUCUAAUGACCGAUAAUAGAGAAACAAUUCAUUUGGGCCACUUCAGUCAUCAAGUUUAUUGUUUUAUUAUGUCUGAACCUUAAUUGAGUCAAAACAUCAAAAUUGAAUAUGAUGCCUUCUUCCUACCGUUUAAGUGCCCGUUUUUCCAUUUUUGUUUUAAAAUCCUAAAAGAAUUGAAGUUUCAUCAGAAUAAACUGGUAUGCUUAAAUUUAAUUUUGAUAUGCUUCUGAUAAUCCAAAACAGCAAAAAAAAUCAAAGAAAAGUAGCAAUGUUGCGGGUUCCGCGACAAAUCUGAUUUUGGCCUGUUGUGGAAUCCGCUUACAAUGCACAGUUUGGCCUCGUAAUGUUUAAAAGUUCAAUGGAAAGAAAUCAAUGUCGCCGAGUUGUAUACGUGUACAAUAAAUGAAAAGGUCGAGUUUAAGGGAAUGCAAGUUUAACCGACAAGACCCACAAAGCUGAACGAAACAGUUUCUCUUCGAUGCUGCCUUACAUUUGUCACUGACCAUAUCUUUUGCCUUAUCUGAUGUCCUUAAUUUGUUGCCAAAUACAUCAUCUUUUCAUCUUUUGCUCCUUAGUGCCUUACCAAUAUCAUAUGAUGUUUAUUUCUUAAAAUGCUGCUUUUGUGUAAAUUGUGUCGCUAAUAAUUUAUAUUAUUAAAUA